AAGCUCUAUUAUUCCUGCAUGGCUUUAAAUCUGAUUUAUUCUGGGCAAUCACUGCCCUUUUAUUCAUUGAUUCUUCCCUUUCCUUGUUGGUUUUAUUCCUUUAAAAAAAAAUAAUCAGCCAGGGUCUUCUUGGAAUGCUUUUAGAUUAGGGGUAUCCAACCUUGGCUGGCUAGGGAAUUCUGGGAGCUGAAGUCCACAAGUCUCCAAGUGGCCUUGGUUUGACACCCCUGCCUUAAAUAAUCUAUUUUUAGGCUUGAUGACAUUUUACCUCUUUUUUUGUUGUUUGUUUCCACGUUGCACAACUCCAACCGCCCAAUCUGCACAAUCUCCCCACAAGCCACACAGCCAUUUCCUUUGCUUUCGCGGAGAGGGAAAUUUUACCUCCUUUUUACAACCGACAAACCGCGCUCGUCCAACUCACCCAGGAAAAGUUCGAGCAGCAUUCAGACGACCCUAGGUGACCCGAGAUUCAGCACGUGUGAACACGGGCGGGCAGAAAUAUUAAAGAUGAUGGAGAUCUGUUCAGUGUCCUUGGUUGAAGGAAGUGCAUGAGCUGGCCAGCCGCUCUUAAAGAACCAGGUGAAGGUGAAUCAUCACCCAGCACCUAUGUUUCCAACUUUGCACCCAAAAUCAGAGACAGGCACUGCCUUGGGAAGCAAUCCGACAUAAGAGGGGACAAUGUAUACCUUCCUGCCUGAGAACUUCACCCCGGUGAAGCAGAAGCCGGCCAAGGAGCUGAAGCCCAUGAUUACCGCCAUCGUGGUGGGCCUUAUUUUGUUCAUUGCCGCCGUGGUGGCAUGGUGCUACUACGUGGCUUCCCUCCGGAAGGCAGAGAGGCUCAAGACAGCGGAGAUGGAUUUGCGGCAGGACGGAUUCACCAUCAAGAACCAGAACGGCGAGCUGGUCUUCAAGGUGGCCUUCCAAUCGGGGCUUCUGGACCUUGAGUCCUGCUCCAGGGAGGGGGCCAAUUUAACCUGCACACGGUCCGACAAAGGGAAAGUCAACUUCUUCAUCAAGAUUGUCACCCCGAAGGACACUGUGAUCUGCUACCGGGUGCGUUGGGAAGAGUUUGUGGCAGACACAGUGGUGGAUCAUAAAAUGUUCUGGGGAGAUGCCCUCUGGUAUGGGGGCUGUGAGAUGAGUGUCCAGCAUUGGCCGAUCAAGCUGCCCGGAUACCAAGAACCCAUGCCUUUUGUGACCAGUGAUGUCUAUUCUUUUAGGAACAGUUUUGGAGGCAUUUUAGAAAGGUAUUGGUUGUCCUCCAAAGCUGCAGCCAUCAAGAUCAACGAUUCGGUGCCCUUCCACCUUGGCUUCAAUGCCACGGAACCCUCUCUUGUCUUCCAAGCCAGGUAUAAAGACUCUCCUUACAAACCUCCAUUGGGUCAGCAGCCUUUUCCUGAGCUGAGUUACCGGGUCUGCAUAGGUUCCGACGUCACCUCCAUCCACAAAUACAUGGUGCGGAAGUACUUCUACAAGCCCUCCAAGAUACCUUCAAGAAACGCCUUCAGGUACCCCAUCUGGUCCACCUGGGCCUUGUACAAAAAUGACAUCGACCAGGAGAAACUCUUGCGUUUUGCGGAAAACAUCAAGAAGUACAAGUUCAACUGCAGCCACAUUGAGAUCGAUGACACCUACACCCAAGCGUACGGCGACUUCGACUUUGACGCGGCCAAGUUCCCCAACGUGACUGAAACCUUUAAGAAGCUCAAAGAGGAAGGCUUUCAGAUCACCCUCUGGACCCACCCGUUCAUAAAUUAUAACUCCUCAAAUUUUGGGGUGGGGAUAGAGAAACAGCUGUUCAUCAAGGAACCCACAGGACGGCUGCCAGCCAUGGUGGAAUGGUGGAACGGCAUUGGCGCCAUCUUGGAUUUCACCAACCCUGCAGCCCGAGAUUGGUUCCAGAGCCAGCUGAGACAACUCCGCAACAAAUACGGCAUCUCGUCCUUCAAAUUUGAUGCCGGGGAGACCAGCUAUCUUCCCAAACAGUUUAGCACCUUCCGACCGUUGUCAGAUCCCAGUGUCUGGUCCAGGCGCUACACGGAAAUGGCCAUUCCAUUUUAUGAACUGGCUGAGGUCAGAGUGGGGUAUCAAUCGCAGAAUAUCUCCUGCUUUUUCAGGAUCAUUGACCGGGAUUCCGUGUGGGGCUAUGAACUUGGCCUGAAAUCCUUGAUCCCCACCGUCCUGACCAUCAGCAUGUUGGGGUACCCAUUUAUAUCUGCUGACAUGAUUGGAGGGAAUUUUUUCCCCAACAAAACGGAGGGGGCUGUGCAAAUUCCGGACCGGGAACUGUACCUCCGUUGGCUGGAGUUGUCCGCUUUCAUGCCGUCCAUGCAGUUCUCCAUCCCGCCUUGGCUCUACGAUAAGGAGGUCAUCGAAAUUGCCCUGAAGUUCACCAAGCUUCACGAGUCCUUGGUGGCCCCUCUGCUGCUGGAACUAGCCGGGGAGAUCACGACCACGGGGGAUCCCAUCAUACGGCCCAUAUGGUGGAUCUCUCCUGGGGACGAGUCUGCUCACAAGAUCGAUUCUCAGUUUCUCAUUGGAGACACCUUGAUGGUGGCUCCCGUCUUGGAGAUGGGGAAACAGGAACGAGACAUCUAUAUCCCGGCGGGCAAAUGGCGGAGUUACAAAGGAGAGCUAUUUGAGAAGACUCCCACCUUGAUCACGGACUACCCCGUGGAUCUGGAUGAGGUGGCUUACUUUGUCUGGGUCUCCUAAGCUGCCUCUGUGGAUACAUCUAGCUUUUGAAGUUCACAAACAUCACCUUGCCUUAUUCUGAUAAUCCUAACACAAAAUAAUUCUAAUCAGAGGGUCAAGAGGGAAAAUCAGACACGGUUGUGUGUUGAUUCUUCGAAUUGAGACAGAUGCACGUGUGAUCAAAAAAAAGAUGAAUAUAGGCAGUCCUCCACUCACGACUACAACCAAGCCCCGAACUUCUGUUAUUAAGUGAGACAGUUGUUAAGUGAGUUUUGCCCCAGUUUACAACCUUUCCUGCCAUGGUUGUUAAGUGAAUCACUGCCAUGGUUAAAUUAGUAACCGUUGUUAAAUGAAUUCAGCUUCACCAUUAAGUUUGAUUUGCAGAAGGUCUCAAAAGAUGAUCACGUGACCCUGGGACACGAUAGCCGUUUGUUGUGAAGCAUCUAAAUUUUGAUCAAAUGACCGUGGGGCUGCUACAACGGUCCUAAACGUGAAAAACGGUCACCAAUCACUUUUUUCAGUGCUGUUACAACUUCGAUCAGUCGCUAAAUGAAUUGUUGUAUGUUGAGGACUGCCUGUAUUGUCACAAGCUUUGCACCUGGAAGCAAAAGGCCCUAUUUGUCUCUGAACUGUGUGUGUUUGCACUAAAAUGGUUGUCUUCCGGUGUUUUUUUUUUCAGAGGUGGGACUUGUAAUGCCAAAAUCCUCCAGUGAUUUAUCAAUCCUUUCACCUUCUAGUGUUUCUGGAUGGUUUAACUUCUUGAGCUGGCAAAAAGGGGAGGGAUUUUACUUUAAGCUGAUGAGAAUUUGCUCUCAAUCUGUUUCAAAGAGCAGUGAAAGGAAGCUUCGCAAGCUGUGUUCAAAUGUCGGCUCAACCAGGAUGAACUGUGUUGUUUUUAAAUUGGCAAGGCAUCUAAUGUUGCUCCAACCGAGUCUGUCUGCAGGAGGGAGAGGUUAAAAAAAAAAAAAUCAGGAGGGUGGUCACAAAUACACAAUCAAUCCUCCCCCCUCAUUUUUAUACGUGUCACACGUACAAGCAGGUAGUCCUUGACUUAUGACUGCAAUUGGACCCAAAUUUUCCGUUGUUAGGCGAGACAGUUAAAUGAGUCUUGUCCCAUUUUAUGACCUUACCUGCCACAGUUGUUAAGUGAAUAACAAGUUAUUAAUGGGAGUAACACUGUUGUUCAGUGAAUCCGGCUUCCCCAUUGGCUUUACUCGUCAGAAGAUCCCAAAAGGGGAUCACAACCCCAGGAGCCUGGGGAUGCUGUAACAUCGUAAGUGUGAAAAUGGCCAUAAGCCACUUUUUUCAGUGCUGUUGUAACUUCGAGCGGUCUCUAAACAAAGUAAGUCAAGGACGACCUGUACGUGUAAAAAAGGAACUGGGCUUCAAACAAUCAGGACUAGCAACUUGACUUUUCAAAUCCCUCCCUGUGGACUCCUUGGCUGUUGCACAACCUAGCCUUAAAUGUUAUAAUGCCAUAAGCUAUUAUUUGAAAUGAGCUUUGUUCUCCUAAAGGGAAUAAAUUGAAUUUAUACAGGGAUGUAUUUAUAGAAAUACAGAGAUAUAUCUUAUUUUCAGAUGAGGCUGGUAUCCAAAGAAUGAACUAGCAACGUAGAUUUGGUUGCUGGCCUGGGCUGGUUCCUUGGCUCUGGGCUUUGGGAAAAAUGGAAAGGCUGUGGAUUAGCCUAAUAUUUUUCAGUUUUGCACCUCAAAGAUUUAGAGCAGGGGUAGGCAAUCUUGGCUCUUUUAUGACUCAUGGACUUCAACUCUCAGAAUUCCUGAGCCAGCAUGGCUCAGCUUGGAAACCUCUCCCGUUUCCCUCAGCGUGGCUGGCUCAGGAAUUCUGGGAGUUGAAGUCCACGAGUCAUAAAAGAGCCAAGGUUGCCGAACCCUGGUUUAGAGAUUGCUUCAGUUGGCGGUGUGGAAUUCCGGGACUUGUAGCCGCAAAACAUCUGGAAGGCUACCUGUUGGGGAGAGAUUUGUUUGGUUUGUCCCUCCCUCUGCUAGCUAAUUUCUUAUCCAGGUGAUUAACCCAUAGAAAUUCAUCCUUGCACAAUACGGUUAGAAUUUCACCCACAGAAUUUGGUAAGUUCAAAUUUAGAAGAGAAUAUUUGUAGCUCUUUUGGGUUGAACUUGGCUGUUUUCUUGCAGACGUCUCGUUACCCAGCUAGGUAGCAUCAACAGUGCCAGAAGGAGUGGGUGAUGGAGGAGGACAGUGCUCUCUGAGCUUGGUUGUUUUCUUGCAGAUGUUUCAUCACCCAACUAGGUAACCUCAUCAGUGCUAGGAGGGAGGGGGUUGAUUUCUGUUUAUAUACAGGUGGCUUGCCCUGUCAGUGUUGGUGGGAGUGUUGUUUUGUUCUUGGUGGUUCCUUCCUUAGGCUGUCGUUCACUGUUACGUUGUUUGUCUGUGGAUCCACAGGCACACAGAGAUAAGCCACAUCUACACAUCAUUCAAAAGAGAUAAUGAAAAA